AACCGGAGCUCUCGGUGCGCAAUGGAAAUAUUAUAUCCCAGCUUUGUGUUUAAUAAAAAGGAAAAAGAAAAAGACGUUUCACGGCUGUUUGUAGUUGCAAGGUUGAGAAGGAAGGGAAUAAACGCUGUGUUGUUGAUUUCUCUCUCUCUCUCUCUGUCUCUCCCCCCCGGCCAAUCUUCUCCUUUUCCUCAAUUCUCUUCAUGUAUUUUUAUUGCAGAGCCCAUCCACUCCUCCGCUGGCUGGGUGACGUCGGCCUCCCAUCGACUGGAGGGGGUGGGACGGGGUGGGAGUCACGUCAAACAAACGCCACACAAAGUAUUUAUACCCCCAACCUGUGGAAUAGAAAAAUGUGUAUGAAUGGAGGAGCUGGACUCAUAUCUCUAUGGUCAUGUGUGUAAUAGAAGUGUGGCUGCAGGUUCCUACCAGUCAUGGGCAAACUACAGAGCAAGUUUCGCAAGAGGUCUGAGCUCUACAGGGCAUCUCAGGGGGAGAAGGCAGAUAAUACUUUUGACAGUCAGGUGGUGCAGUAUGAACCUGCUCAUCAGGGGUCCAUCAACACUGUCACGUGUCUCAGCCCAGAACUGUGUGUUUCUGGUGGGAGUGACCAGGCUGUGGUGGUGUAUGACUGGGAACAAGGCCGGAUGUGUCAGUCCUUCCAGGGUCACAACCGAGAGGUUACCAAGACGGUGUGUUAUCCAGGCAGCACAUGGAUCUUCAGCGCCUCACGGGACAAGACUGUUUUGAUGUGGGACCUGAACCAGGGAGAUGAACCUAUUCAGGAAUUUUGUGGGCAUGAGUUGGUGGUCAAUGGAUUAGCUAUCAGUCCUGAUGGGAGAAAGCUGUGCACCGGUUCUCGUGACAACUGGAUGUGCCUGUGGGAUAUUGAAUCUGCAAAAUGUGAACAGAGACACAACAUUUCUAGAAACCUGGUUACUCAUGUGUGUUGGGUGCCAGGCAGCUCCUCUGUAGUCCAGACCUCUGAGGAUAAGACAAUAAGGGUGUGGGACAGCCGUGCGUGGCAGGUGACAAAUACUUUUCCAGCCAAGCAAUACAUCCAGACCCACUGUGACGUUUCUCCGAAUGGAAACUACAUGGUAUCCAGCAGCAACGGAUUUGGAGGCCAGGGCUGUGAAGCUACGCUCUGGGAUCUGCGUCAGCCCGGUUGUAAAGUUGUGGAGUACAGAGGCCAUCUACAGACCACAGCCUGCUGUAUGUUUCUGCCUGGGCCUCCUGGUGGCACAGCUCGGGUAGCAACAUCAUCCCAUGACAGCUCCGUCAAAAUCUGGGAUCAGAACACAGCAGUCUGUUUAGCGACAUUGUCUCUGGAUGGUGCUGGUCCUCUGGUUUCUCUAUCACCCAACGACUCCGUCAAUCUGCUGUGUGCCAGCUUCAACUCUGGCCUCCACCAUAUCCAGGUGGGCCAGGGAUCACAUCAGGCUCAGGGUUCUGGAGCAGGUUCAGGUGGAUCAGGCAGCCUGGACAUAAAAGUUGUUGCACGCUUCUAAAAGACCCAGAAGAACCUGGUGUGACUCGUAACCCUCACCUGUGAAUCAGCGAGCGGUCACUGAAUAUGGUCAUCUUGUCUGUUCAUUUUUGUUUUAAUUUUUUAUAAUUGUACAUAUUUCUAGAGACAUUUUUGCUUUACUAGACUGCCAUACAGUGAAAAAUGACAGAAUAGACCUGUGAGAAAAGGAACUGGUGAUAAUGAGGAGACUGGAGGAUGCACCUGGAUGCCCAUCACUGCUGCUCUUCUGGGAAACCGGUCUGUAAGUCACACUAGCCAGUAAAUCAUAAGACUAUAAAGACCAAACUGUUCCUGUUUGGAUUGCUGCCUUCUUGGACCAGGCCAGAAUAACUAGGGAGUUUUCUACACUACUACAUCUAGGUGGAGUUGAUGGGAUGCUCCAUGUACAUGUUGCAUUGGUUUUGUUGGAUAUAUGUUUGGAGAACUUCUUAAUGUGGCAGGAGUGAUGUUAAAAUAUAAAAUAUUUGGUUAGGUAUUAAUUCUGAGUCUCAUAGAGGAUUUGAAGCCAAAUAGAAUUUCACUCUAUUUAGUAUUUUGUUUUUUCUGGAUAAGAUUUAGAAGGAGCAGUCAGAAUUAUAGUCAUGUUUAUAAAACACUUUUCUUCUUUUUAAUCACCAAGACAGAGUUAUGAGGAACAUGUGUAUGUUGAUACUAAUGUGAUUAGUUUGUACUGUAGCUUUAACCUGUCGAGUGUUAGACCAAAUGAGUAACUGUGACACAAGACUACAAACAUGCUUUAUUUUUAGGUAGAAUUUAAUCAGUCAAGGUUUUUACAUAGAGAUACAGAUUGAUAUUUUUUAACUGAGACAGUUAACAGUUGAACAUAUAGCUGAUGUUUGCUGCCGAUAUCCAAUAUAUUUAAAUUUGAAAAUAACUAUGCAAAAUACCUGAGUACCUUUUUAUAAUAAAAUACUGUUGGAGAAAAUGAAUAGGAAUAAAAAAUAUUGAAAUGUGAAAGUGUUGAAAUGUUCUGCAACUUGUCAACAUAAAACCAGUUACCAUCAAGAU